CGAAUAUGCACUUACCAAUGAGAGCGCAUGAUCUGCCUUGAUUCCCGCCCACUGACCGAGCAGCCAAUCAUCUGCCCCGGCGCGCAAUCCGUGAUGGAUCCAAAGAGGACGGAGGGUUUUCGGUAGGGGAACGCUGAAGCGCGGCGCAGGGGAGGAUGGAGGUGGCGGAGACCAAGGCGGAGGCUGCUGCGUUAGAGACCCUGGCAGAGGUGGCAGAUAUCCUGGAGCCAAGAGGCCUGCAGGAGGAGGCAGAAGUGCCUGCCCAGAUCCUGGCCGAGUUUGUGACGGACUCCCGAAAGAAAGACAAGCUGCUCUGUAGCCAGCUUCAGGUGGUAGACUUCCUGCAGAACUUCUUGGCUCAGGAGGACACUGCCCAGGGCCUGGACCCCUUGGCUUCUGAAGACACGAGCCGGCAGAAGGCAAUUGCAGCCAAAGAGCAAUGGAAGGAGCUGAAGGCCACCUACCAAGAGCAUGUGGAAGCCAUCACAAGUGCCCUGACUCAGGUCCUGCCCAAGGUGGAGGAGGCCCAAAGGAAGCGGGCACAGCUCCAGGAGGCCCUUGAACAACUCCAGGCCAAGAAGCAAGUGGCCGCGGAGAAACUCAGAGUAGCGCAAAAGCAGUGGCAGCUGCAACAGGAGAAGCAUCUGCAGCAUCUGGCAGAGGUUUCUGCAGAGGUGAGAGAGCGUCAGACAGGAAUGAAACAGGAGCUUGAGCGGCUGUAUCAGGAACUUGGAACCCUGAAGCAGGAGGCAGGGCAGGAGCGAGAAAAGCUGCAGAGGCACCAGACCUUCCUCCAGCUGCUCUACACCCUGCAGGGUAAGCUGCUACUCCCUGAGGCAGAGGCAGAGCUACCACAAGAGCGGGAUCUUCCUGAACCUAAGUCCCAGCAGGUGACCCAGUCCUGGGAGCUCAACACUGGGGACACCAUGGAGAGAGUCGGGGAUGUGUCGUCCAAGGCCAGUGGCCCACCACCUAUUGCAGAUGCAAGCUUGCCACAGCUUUCUGAGAGACAGCAGCAUGGGGAAGGAUCCUAGAUCAGGUCAGACUCCAACUCAGGCCCUGACGUCCCUGGACUGCAGGAUGAAGUGUGAAUUCCUGAAUACAGCCUGAUUUUGACCACAACCCAGGUUGGGGCAGGCUCUGGAUUCUGUUGAUUAAACGCGAUGGGGCUGUCUCAGUUGCUUCUUUGUCUGUUCAUCUCCAUGUAUUGGUAGGAAGAGCCAUACCAUUCUCAAAGGCCAGGAACAUGACAGGUGCUAGGACUGGUAUGAACAAAGAGGGUGCAGAUGGGGAGGGGACCCUGGCUUGGGGCCUCAGGGGUUGCUUGCCCAAAUCAUUAUGAUGCAGACAUACUGAGCUUAAUUCAAGGAAGAGGAGAAUGCUUUAUGCAGGUGGUUAGAUUUGGGAAGAUGAUUUUAAUCACUCAUCCAAAUGUUUAUUGAAUCCCUGCUUCGUACCAGGCCCCUUGCUAUGUACUGGAGCUACAGCAGUGGGCUUGUCUGAUCAGUCCCUGGCCAUGUGGAACAUGGAACAUAAUGAGCAUAAACAGGUCAAUAAGAUGCUUUCAGAGUAUAGUACAACAGGGUAGCAAACUAAAAGAGUAAUAUGAUAAAGAGCAACAGCAAGAGAAUAUAGAGACCCCUGUCUGUCUGUAUUGACCUGUGUCUGUGUGAGCUAGCAUUUCUGUGUGUGUCUGUAUGUUUCUCUGUUUGUUGCUUUCCAUCUCGGUUCUUCUGUGUGUCUGUUCUUGGGGGUGUGGGCAGUGAGGGGCACUACUGUGCGUGAGAGGGGGAUUGCAUCCCUGAUUGGGAGUGUGGAAACUGCUGUCUAAGAGAGGAGAGAGAGAUCAGUGACAACUCUCAGAGUGGAGAACCCAUUUUCCAUAUGAGAAGACGACCUUCAUGUUUGAGAAAGAUCUAAACAUCCAUUUGAGAGACACUGAGGCCCUUUGUUUUUGGUGAGAGAGUGUUUCAAGGAACAUUAGUCCCUGUUCCGUCUCAGAAUGGGAUGCCCUCUCUCAGGUUGAGAUUGAGAUCCCUGUGCAUGCUAUGUUUGCUCUACUUUUCUGAGGUGUCCGUAGUUUUCUCUCACAUUGUUCAAAGUGUGUUGGGCCCACUUUUUAGUUUUGAAAUAGGACAGAUAUCAGAGGUCUUUGAGGGCCUGCAUCACGACUGAAAGAGGGCUUCAGUGAGGAUUGAGGAUACUUCACUAGAGGGCACACAAAUACCCAGAAAGGCUUCCUCAGUCUACCCAUCCCACCGUGUCCCCCGUGGUCUCUGCUGUGGCCUUCUAGCAACCCAGCUAUCCAGGCUUAUCCUUCCCUCUCUUCCUGCUGGGUGAGCUUCCCUACCCCUGAUUUCUUUUCUAGUCUCAGAUACUCUAAAAUUUUUGCAACACAAAGGAGAGAGUAAGAAUGUAUAUAUCCAGGGGCCAUCCUGGUGAUGUAGUGGUUAAGUUCCUGCGCUCCGCUUCGGCAGCCCGGGGUUCACCAGUGGGGAUCUGGGUACAGGCCUAGCACCACUCAUCAAGCCAUGCUGAGGUGGCGUCUUACAUAGGAGAACUUCUAGUUCCUUCUAGGACCUACAACUAGAAUAUGCAACUAUGUACUGGUGCUUUGGGGAGGAAAACAAAAAAUAGAAUAUAUAUAUCCAUCCUGGGCAAGGAGUGUGUCUAUUAAGGGACACUGGGGAA